UGUCGAAUCAGUCAAAUAAUCAAAAAUGUGUAAUAUUGAAAAUAUUGAAGUUGUUGUUGUUGAUAUUCCAAUAUUUCUAUUGUUUGCUUGACUGAAACUGAAUAAUUUUCAACAAAUUUAAUAAAAAAAUAUUUAUUACUAACACAUACCAAAUUAUAAACAAUUAAAAUACAAUUUUGCUGCUUACUUUGACAACACAGCUUUUUAUUUUUCAGCCCAUUUAUUUGGAUUCAAUACAACUAAAACUGUACAAUAUUAAUACAAUAUGAUUGACAUUAAAACAAAAAUUAGCUCUUUCUUUAUAUUUAACUCUAAUUUAGGUCCAAAAGAAGGCGAGGAAUUGAAAAGAAUUUUGUUUUACCAUCCAAGCCAAAUCACUGCUGAUGCCCGUAAAAUGCAAGUUGGAUUAUGUGAAGCUGUUGUUAAGUUUAUGAGUACAUUCUCAUCAGAACCCUGUGAAGCUCUCCAGACUCAAACAAAGAGGUACAUAUUCUAUCAGCCUGAGAAGAAUUUCUGGAUGGUGUUGGUUGUCAGAAUACCAUAUACAACAAAGGCAUUAGCAGCUAUAGGCGAAAGUAGAGGAGAAGUGAUAGAGCCAACUGUAAUGUGUGAUUUGCUUGUGUCAGCUUAUAAAAUGUUCAGAAUGUUUAUGGGUCAAUUCCAGGAUAUACCAAUUGACAAAAUAUAUACUACAUGUGAAGAAUUCUUUACUCCUUACAUAUUAUCAAAAAACAUUACAAACGAUAUAUCAGAUAUAAUACAAGGUAUACAUUACUUGCCACUGGACAAGAAUUCAUUUUUCAAGGUAAUUUCUUUCAUAGACCUGCUGGAAAUUAAAUAUCCCGAAUUCAAGUGUAUUUCUUUUGUCUACAAUGAUCAACUAAUUUGGAAUGGAUUGGCAAAAAAUGAUAUGCUCACCCUAUACCAAUACUUAGUACAAAAAUUACUACCCACACAAGUAGCAAAAGAGAUACAAGGUGAUCCAGUGGUCGCUGCUCAAAGACAUGGUCGAUUCAUAAGUCCGCCUGACGGUAUACGGAGUAAAGAAGAUCUACAGAAAUUGGUAAAAGUAUACCUUAUGCACGAGGAUGACAAUGAAACAAAACAGUAUUACCUGAUUGUGUAUAGAACUUUAAGUGCAACUGUAUGUUUUACUAUUGAUGUAAAUGUGAACCUAAAAAUAGAAACAUUCAGAUCAUUAGAUGCAUUUAUCGGCCCGCAACUAUCAACUAUAGCUUCUGCUAUUAGUGAGCAGUGUACAACAUACGCAUUGCAAAACCCUCAAAUAGCAAGUGACAACAAAUUUGUUUACUUCAACAGACUUAAUUUAGAAUUCAAAAGUUCAAAUUCCAUCAGUAAAUUAAUCCCAUCAACAACUUUAAAACCUGAGGUACUAAGUGUUAUUGCUAACAUGCACUCAGAUAAAAAAAGUUUAGGUAAUUAUGGAGAGGUAAUUAUAAAAAUACCCGACGAGUAUUGGAUUACAGGCAAGACAUCUAAUGAAAGAGAAUUCUAUGUUAUAAUUCAAGAAAAAAAUGCAACAUUGAAAGAAAUAUCAGAUGAAGUGAAAAGGAUUUGUGAAGUACAAAUGAAAGGCGUAUUCUUUUAUCCGAUUUAAAAAUGUCACAUAUUCGUGUACACAUAAUAAUAAAUAAACUGUAUUGUAAAAUUAUAAAGAAACAAAAUA